CACUGUGUACUUCCAUCUCACAAACAUGACUAAACAGGCACGCAUAUAUCUCCAAUGCCACCUUCUCAUUAACUCCCUCAUCCUCCCACUUUUGUAGCUAGCUAUCCAUAUAUCUCACGCAUAUAAAGCCCCUCCAAAACCCUAAAACUAUUCACUUUCUUUCUUUGAUAGGAUGAGUAGUUCCAUGGCAGAGGUGGUGUGGGAGUUGUUUGGAGAGGAUAUUACUGAGCAAGGGCUGCCCCCUGGGUUUAGGUUCCAUCCUACUGAUGAAGAACUCAUCACCUUCUACUUGGUCUCUAAGGUCUUCAAUGGAGGUAUUAACGGAGUAGACAUCAUGGAGGUUGAUCUCAAUAAGUGUGAGCCAUGGGAGCUUCCAGAUCUAGCCAAAAUGGGGGAGAAGGAGUGGUACUUCUUCAGUCUAAGAGACCGGAAGUAUCCAACUGGGCUUCGAACAAACAGGGCAACAAAUUCAGGCUACUGGAAAGCCACCGGCAAGGACCGAGAGGUGCGCAGAACUGCAACUGGAGCUCUGAUUGGGAUGAAGAAGACAUUAGUGUUUUACAGAGGAAGAGCUCCUCGUGGGGAGAAGACCAAAUGGGUCCUUCAUGAAUACAGACUAGAAGGAGAGCUCUCAUGUCGCCAUACUUAUAAGGAGGAAUGGGUCAUGUGUAGGAUACUUCACAAGUCAGGAGACAAGAAGAACUCUUAUCACCCAAACCAGACUGGCUUCCAAGACCCUUCCACAUCUACUUCAUUCAUAGACCUCCAAACCCUAGAAAACCCCACCCAAAGUACUCUUCCCCUUCACAUCUCUAACAACAACACCACCAACCAUCCUUCUCUCCCUCUUGUUGCCCAAGAAGAAGAGGUAACAGUCUCAAGCUUCAUUGAAGCCUAUCUGCAGAACCCUUUGAUCUAUGGCAUGGGUUUAGGGCCUCUAGGUGUAUACCUUGGGGCACCUCCUUCUGAUGAACUGCCCUUAAUGGGUCCUACUCCUUUUGGCGCAUCGGGACCUUCUGUUCUGUGAUAUUCAUGUACAAAUUUACAUAUAUGUGUAACAAGGAGUGCUAUAUUUAGAUUAUCAUCUUAAUUAAGAACAUGC